CCAUUUACAAAAUUGGUAAAGGAAAUGCAGCUCCAUCGAGAUGACUUUGAAAUUAUCAAAGUGAUUGGAAGAGGUGCAUUUGGUGAGGUAGCAGUUGUUAAAAUGAAGUGUACAGAGCGCAUUUAUGCAAUGAAAAUUCUGAAUAAAUGGGAGAUGCUUAAAAGGGCAGAGACAGCUUGCUUCCGAGAGGAGAGAAACGUCUUGGUGAAUGGAGAUUGUCAGUGGAUUACUACGUUGCACUAUGCCUUUCAAGAUGAGAACUAUUUGUAUCUAGUGAUGGACUACUACGUUGGUGGUGACUUACUGACACUUCUCAGUAAGUUUGAAGACAAGCUUCCUGAGGAUAUGGCUAGGUUCUACAUUGGUGAAAUGGUGCUUGCUAUACAUUCCAUACAUGAGCUGCAUUAUGUGCACAGGGACAUAAAGCCUGAUAAUGUUCUUUUGGAUGUGAAUGGCCACAUACGACUGGCAGACUUUGGGUCCUGUCUGAAAAUGAGUGAAGAUGGCACAGUACAGUCAUCAGUAGCAGUGGGUACGCCUGACUACAUCUCCCCUGAGAUACUGCAAGCAAUGGAAGAUGGAAUGGGAAAAUACGGGCCUGAAUGUGACUGGUGGUCACUGGGAGUCUGCAUGUAUGAAAUGCUGUAUGGUGAAACACCCUUUUAUGCAGAGUCAUUAGUGGAAACCUAUGGGAAGAUUAUGAAUCAUGAAGAACGAUUUCAGUUUCCAUCCCAUGUUACAGAUGUGUCUGAAGAAGCAAAAGACCUUAUUCAGCGACUUAUCUGCAGUAGGGAGCGUAGACUGGGACAAAAUGGAAUAGAGGAUUUUAAGUCUCAUGCAUUUUUUGAAGGACUUAAUUGGGAUAACAUCCGAAACCUAGAAGCACCUUACAUUCCAGAUGUUAGCAGUCCUUCUGACACCUCAAACUUUGAUGUAGAUGAUGACGUAUUAAGAAAUCCAGAAGUGGUGCCACCAAGUUCUCAUACAGGCUUUUCUGGAUUGCAUUUACCAUUCGUUGGGUUUACAUACACAACUGAUAGCUCUUUAUCUGAUAGAGGCACUUUAAAGAGUGCGAUGCAGUCUGACACUGUAACCAAAGACAUGGAUGUACAGCGUGACUUAAAGAACACUUCACAAAUAGAAGGCUAUGAAAAGAAAAUACGGAAAUUAGAGCAAGAAAAGCAGGAUUUGAACAGAAAACUGCAAGAAUCUACACAGACAAUGCAGAACCUCCAAGGUCCAGUGUGUGUUACAGUAAAUACAAGCCGUGAUAAGGAGAUUAAAAAAUUAAAUGAAGAAAUUGAACGGUUGAAGAACAAAUUAACAGAUAUAAGUAAACUGGAAGGACAGCUUGCAGAUGCAAUGGCUUUUCGACAAGAACAUGAAGACUCAAUACACAAGUUGAAAGGACUAGAAAAACAGUGCAGAGUACUGCGGCAAGAAAAGGAGGAGCUUCAUAAGCAACUUGUAGAAGCCUCAGAGAGAUUAAAGACGCAAUCCAAAGAACUGAGGGAUGCCCACCAGCAAAGAAAGCUAGCUGUGCAGGAGUUCUCUGAGCUCAGUGAAAGAAUGGGAGACCUGCGGUCUCAAAAGCAGAAGCUGUCCCGGCAACUUCGCGACAAAGAAGAAGAGGUGGAAAUGAGCAUGCAGAAAAUUGAUGCUAUGAGACAGGACAUCCGUAAAUCGGAGAAGAUCAGAAAAGAGCUGGAAGCCCAACUUGAAGAAGUUGUAGCAGAAGCAUCAAAAGAACGCAAGCUUCGUGAGCACAGUGAGGUCUUCUCCAAACAACUGGAAAAUGAACUGGAAGCACUGAAGCUGAAGCAGGGAGGCCGGGCAGCAGGUGCCACACUAGAACAUCAGCAGGAGCUUUCCAAAAUUAAGUCUGAGCUAGAAAAGAAAAUCCUGUUUUAUGAAGAGGAGUUGGUCCGACGAGAAGCAUCACAUGUCUUGGAAGUCAAAAAUGUGAAAAAGGAAGUACAUGAUUCAGAGAGCCAUCAGCUUGCACUGCAGAAAGAGAUCAUGAUAUUAAAGGAUAAAUUAGAGAAAACAAAGCGAGAGAGGCACAGUGAAAUGGAGGAAGCAGUAGGAACAAUGAAAGAUAAGUAUGAGCGUGAAAGAUCUAUGCUCUUGGAAGAUAACAAAAAGCUAACCACAGAAAAUGAGAGGCUCUGCUCAUUUGUGGACAAAUUAACAGCACAGAACAGACAGCUAGAAGAUGAGCUCCAAGACCUAGCAGCAAAGAAGGAGUCUGUUGCACACUGGGAAGCUCAGAUUGCAGAGAUUAUUCAGUGGGUAAGUGAUGAGAAGGAUGCUCGUGGCUAUCUCCAAGCAUUGGCUUCCAAGAUGACAGAAGAACUAGAAUCAUUGAGAAGUUCCAGUCUGGGGUCACGAACACUGGAUCCACUUUGGAAAGUGCGACGUAGUCAGAAGUUGGAUAUGUCAGCCAGGCUGGAAUUACAGUCAGCCCUUGAUGCAGAAAUUCGUGCCAAACAACUAGUUCAAGAAGAGCUACGAAAAGUUAAAGAUGCAAAUAUGUCUUUUGAAAGCAAAUUAAAGGAAUCAGAAGCAAAAAAUAGGGAACUGUUGGAAGAGAUGGAAGGUUUGAAGAAAAAACUGGAAGAAAAAUACAGAACAGAUUCAGGUCUUAAACUUCCAGACUUUCAAGAUUCCAUUUUUGAAUAUUUCAACACUUCUCCUCUUGCACGUGAUCUGACUUUCAGAACCAGUUCUAUUAGUGAGCAGGAAACCCAGGGUCCCAAGUCAGAAGUUUCACCAUCUACUUCGGUUGUAACUGCAGAGCAACAACAAGAAGAACCAAUUCGGCUUCAGAGGAUGCCUGCUGCUCCUUCCCCCACCAUUCAGUCCAUUUCUCUAGCUGUACCAAAGCCUAAAGCUCACCAGCUCAAUAUCAAGUCAUUCACAAGCCCCACUCAGUGUAGUCACUGCACUUCUCUUAUGGUGGGAUUAGUUCGACAAGGUUAUGCCUGUGACGUGUGUUCAUUUGCAUGCCAUGUUUCCUGCAAGGAUAGCGCACCUCAGGUCUGUCCCAUACCCCCUGAGCAAGCCAAAAGGCCUCUUGGAGUAGAUGUGCAAAGAGGAAUAGGAACCGCCUAUAAAGGUUAUGUAAAGGUCCCAAAGCCUACAGGAGUUAAGAAAGGGUGGCAGAGAGCUUAUGCAGUUGUCUGUGACUGUAAGCUGUUCUUAUAUGAUGUGCCUGAAGGAAAAUCCACCCAGCCUGGAGUUGUUGCAAGUCAAGUCUUGGAUCUCAGAGAUGAAGAUUUUUGUGUGAGCUCAGUCCUAGCAUCAGAUGUAAUACAUGCAACUCGUAAAGACAUCCCUUGCAUAUUCAGGGUGACAGCUUCUCUCUUAGGUUUGCCUUCAAAGUCUUGUUCUCUACUGAUCCUGACGGAAAAUGAGAAUGAGAAGAGAAAGUGGGUUGGAAUCCUAGAAGGGUUGCAGUCUAUCUUGCACAAAAACAGACUGAAAAACCAGGUUGUGCAUAUUCCACAAGAAGCCUAUGACAGUACACUGCCUCUUAUUAAAGCAAGUUUAGCUGCUGCUAUUGUAGAUCAAGAUAGAAUAGCAAUUGGCUCAGAAGAAGGACUGUAUGUGAUAGAGGUGACCCGCGAUGUGAUAGUCCGAGCUGCUGACUGCAAGAAGGUGUACCAGAUAGAGCUUGCUCCCAAAGAGAAAAUUAUCAUCCUCAUCUGUGGUCGGAACCAUCACGUUCACCUUUACCCCUGGGCCUCUCUGGAUGGGUCAGAAGGAAACUUUGACAUUAAGCUUGCAGAAACUAAAGGCUGCCAAUUGAUUACAACUGGAACACUGAAAAAGAAUUCUUCGACGUGUUUGUUUGUGGCUGUCAAACGACAGAUUUUUUGCUAUGAAAUUCACAGAACUAAACCUUUCCACAAAAAAUUUGGUGAAAUUCAGGCUCCAGGAACUGUACAGUGGAUGGCAGUGUUCAAGGACAAGCUCUGUGUUGGCUACCAGUCUGGGUUCUCUCUGUUGACCAUCCAGGGAGAUGGACAAUCUAUAAACCUGGUAAAUCCUAAUGACCCCUCGCUUAUCUUCCUCUCACAGCAGUCUUUUGAUGCCCUUUGUGCUGUGGAGCUCAGUAAUGAGGAAUACCUGCUUUGCUUCAGCCAUAUGGGAGUAUACGUCGAUUCGCAAGGUCGAAGGUCACGCAUGCAGGAACUAAUGUGGCCUGCAACUCCUGUUGCCUGUAGUUGCAAUUCUUCCUAUGUAACAGUGUACAGCGAGUACGGUGUUGAUGUAUUUGAUGUUAAUACUAUGGAAUGGGUCCAGACUAUUGGCCUGCGAAGGAUCAGACCAUUAAACAUGGAUGGCACGCUGAAUCUCCUUAACUGCGAGCCACCAAGACUAAUAUAUUUCAAGAACGCGUUUGCACCUGGAGCUGUCCUCAGUGUACCAGAAACAUCUGACAACAGCAAGAAGCAGAUGCUUCGAACUAGGAGCAAAAGAAGAUUUGUAUUUAAGGUUCCUGAGGAAGAGCGAUUACAGCAAAGGCGGGAAAUGCUUAGAGACCCUGAGCUAAGGUCAAAGAUGAUUUCUAACCCAACGAAUUUCAACCAUGUGGCUCAUAUGGGACCAGGAGAUGGAAUGCAGGUUCUCAUGGACCUCCCGCUGGGUUUGUGUCUGUUACUGAAAAUAUGUGGAUGUGGUCAAAGUGUCCUACCUGCUGCGCAGGAUGAAAAACCAUGUCCAUCUACAGCUAACCUCUCACGGCAGCAGCAGCAGAGAAACAAAACCUAUAUUUCAUGGCCCUCAUCAAGUGGCAGUGAUGUGGGAGGAGCCGUGCCUUCCCGAAGCAUGUCUGAUCCUGACCAGGAGUUUGACAAAGAGCCUGAUUCAGACUCCACCAAACACUCUACUCCCUCAAACAGCUCAAAUCCAAGUGGUCCCCCAAGUCCCAACUCUCCUCAUAGGAAUCAGCUUACGCUAGACGGACUGGACCAGUCAACCUGUGACGCAUAACACUACUGCUCUCACCACUCUGGCUUCGAUCAUUCACUACUCCAUGGAGUAUUCAAGAGCAAGGCAAAGCUGUCUCAGAUGCUAGUGCCAAGACUGACACUGAAUCUCUAGUGUUGUACAAGAAUAAUUAUAUAUCCAGAUUGUAGAUACAAACUAUUGAAAUGAAGAAAAUUCUUUACUAAAUAGCAGUCAAGCUUUUUAUGCAGAAUUGUUCACUGCUCAGUUACAGUUGAUUCCUUUCUGCGCAGCUGUGACACAGUUUUAUUGCAUAGGAGCGUUUAAGGCCACCAGUAAAUAGUCUUAUUCUUAUGCUGAAAAAGAAAUAGAGAGAGAUACUGAUAAUGUUGCUACAAUAUCAGGAAUAUUAUUUUUCUAUAGAAUGAUGUAAUGUCUCGUUAGCAGGAAAUCCUUUUAGACGCAAUUUGGACCUCUAAAUAGGAAAUGCAGGCAGGUCUGGUUACAUCCUCAGA